UUUUUUGACUUGAGGUUGUCACAUUUGUAAAUCGCUAAAAUACUUGGUCUUUUAUUUUUGAAUUAACGAAGCGGAAAGCGCCAAAGAUUUUUUAUUUUAAAAUGUGUUUUUCGGGACAAGUUUUCAAUAAAUUACCCAUAUAAUAAUCAUAGAGUUUCUACGAAAUAAACAGAGCAAGUAGAAAGUUGAUGAAAGUGUAGAGGCAAUUGUGUUUUUUCCUCUGACUUGUAUUUGAGAGAAAAACUGAUAGCAGCAACAGCAGUAUCAAUAAAAAAAUAUGGGAAUCCUCUGUUCUACGUUCGCUGGUAUAGAUUUAUGCACUAGCCGACUUGCCAACUGGUUUCUGUGCUUUGUCACACUGGGUGGAAUUAUGUCCUUUAUGCAAAUAUCUGUUAUUUACGGUAUGACCAUCGGCUACCAUACGGGGCAAGAACAAUUAGCUUAUUUUGCCGUCAGAGCAAGAAAUGUACAAAGCACUACAAGGUUCAGUGGACCGUUGCUGCGUACGGGUACCGAGGUGGAGCGCCGCACGGAGCCCUAUAGCCCUGACACCACCACCAUCACUACCACGAGCCCACCAGAAACUACCACAGAAUCCGUGCUCGGUUUGGAGAUGUACGAAACUCGACCUAGGACGAGAACUGGUAGUCGCGACGACAGCGACACGCCUUUGUUUAUACAAUACGUGGACAUGACUACUUUGGGUUCUUUACCGGAUCUCGAAGAUUUCCCUAGGAAAUACAACGGUCGUGUCCGGAGAGCGAAAAACGAUAUUUUGAGCAAGAUGUUUUGGAGACCUUUUAAAAAAACAGAUGCAAAAGCAAUUUCUCCUAAAUAACUGUUCGUAACUACGUUUGACUGAUUCGAUUUUCAGAUUCCAGAUAGAAAAUACACUGUUAAAACUAUUUUGUUUUACACUUUUCGAAUUAUUUACCUAUAUUAAUACAAUAAGUAAAGA